GCUGGCAGAGGGCUCUUUGCCACUCAGCCGUGUUCACCUUCCGCCACCUUGUUCACGGUGCCAGGCAAAGCAUUGAUUAAUACAAGAACAUUGGCUGCGAUUUAUCCUGGAGGAUCUUUGAAGAAUUUGACGGCUGUUCAACAAAUAUCUAUGCAUCUUUUACUUCAUAGGCCUGCAGGUGAUGCAGACUCGGCAGAUCCUGCUUUCGGACCCUAUAUAUCCACCAUGCCUCGAGACUUUGACAGCCAUCCCCUUACUUGGCUUAGAAGAUUGGAGAAUGCGACACAGAUGGAUCCUCUGAGGACGGAAGAAACGUUGCUCAAAUGCAUGUCCCCAAGUACACGAUCGGCCUUGCAGUUAUUGUGGUCGCGUUUCCAGGAGGACUGGAACAUGGUUCGCAAUCUUUCUCUCUUGACGACAUCGUCACGCCCUGAAGUAAUGCGCACUAACAGCGAAUCUAUUCCUGGAUUCUAUACGGACUACCUCUGGGGAUGGCUAAAUGUGAACACACGGUGCAUUUACUAUCCAUUACGGGAUCCGCCUUCUGACAAGGAUAAUUUGACUUUGUGUCCCAUCCUCGACUUCGCCAAUCAUGGGGUAUCCAGCGCCCAGAUUAUUCCACAAAUCCAGGCUCUCAAGAAUCGCAGGCCGGGUUCUCAUAUCAAUGAGGGCAAUUAUGCUUUCACAUCAGGCGCAGACGGCCUCGAGCCGGACUCUCAGCUCUUCUUGAGAUACGGCGGGCACGCGAACAAGACACUCCUCGUUGAAUAUGGCUUCGUGAGCUGCAUUUCCCCAGACGCCAUCGCUGCAGGCGACUUCCGGGGCGAGGUCGACGUGCAAGAUAUCAUCGAAGACAUGCUGUCAGAUAGGCCAGACGGCGAUUGGUUGCGGAAGACCCUUGAAGAAGAGGGAUAUUGGGGUGAUUGGACUCUAGAUUCCUCCCCUCCUCCGGCCCAUCCCUCGUAUCGCCUCAUCACGACUCUUCGCCUGUGCCAGCUAGUCGGCGAGUCUGUAGGUUCUGAAGGAGCCUCAUCCUCGUCGGAAGCGGUCGUGCAAAUCUGGAGAGACGUGCUCAACGGCCAGCGUGACGUCAUUUCUGUUCAAAAUGAGGUGCAGUGGAGGGAGUCUCUUCGCAUCAUGUGCGAGACAAUUCAGCAAAGAGCUCAGACUGGCUUACGGGACACAGUGUCUGCCCUUCCUGGUGCAGACGGCUGGAGUGCGUGGAUGAGGGGCAAUAUCCUUACGUUGUGGCGGGAAGAGCUAGAGGUUGCUACCGGUGUCAUAGAUAGUUUGAAUGCAGGAGAAGAAUAUUGA